AUGGCUUCCUACUCCGUGCUCCCACUAUUUCACCCAUCAGACGUGAGCCCCACCACCAAGAUGUCCAAGGUUGCCAUGAUGACUGCACAAGGAGGUCCAGCAGCCAGCAGGGGCACCAGCUUUAGCGGAGAGCGUCCAAACCCGAGGUCCACUGGGGCAGAGGUGCAGCCCCGUGAUCAUCCAUCUCCCAGGCCAGCCCCGCCUGCUCCACUCUGCCAGCCCCCCUGCUCCACUCUGCCAGCCCCCCUGCUCCACUCCGCCAGCCCCCUGCUCCACUCCGCCAGCCCCCUGCUCCACCCGCCAGCCCCCUGCUCCACUCCGCCAGCCCCCUUGCUCCACUCCGCCAGCCCCCUGCUCCACUCCGCCAGCCCCCUGCUCCACUCCGCCCCCUGCUCCAGCCCCCCCUGCUCCACUCCGCCAGUCCCCCCUGCUCCACUCCGCCAGUCCCCCUGCUCCACUCCGCCAGUCCCCCUGCUCCACUCCGCCAGCCCCCCUGCUCCACUCCGCCAGCCCCCUGCUCCACUCCGCCAGCCCCCCUGCUCCACUCCACCAGCCCCUCCUGCUCCACUCCGCCAGCCCCCCCUGCUCCACUCCGCCAGCCCCCCCUGCUCCAGGCAGGCUCCACAGAGCAGAGGCAGCUAG